CCAACAUAAACAGCAGUGUAUUCCCUUGGCUGCUCUGACAGGACUGAUAGUAAUUGGGCCCAAAAAUAGAUCUAUCUCUAGAUCUAGAUCUAUAGUCUUUUUUCAACCUUAUUUUUGUACCCCCCAGUUCGACUGUUGAACCGAUUUACACGUGUCACAACCAAAGAGUGUGUUAUACUUGUCAUUUGCCCAGACUCAAGAUCUAAUCUAGAAUCUACGUGGAUCGUAGACAGUGUAGUCUGUAGUGUAAACAAGAACUGACAAAAUGACGGACAACAUUUACUUUUUUGUUCCCAAUAUCAUCGAUUAUUUCAGAGUGGUCUUUGCGUUUGUGUCAUUCUAUUACAUGCCCUUCGACCAUGUUAGAGCUAGUCUCUUCUACCUACUCAGCGGAUUUCUGGAUGCUUUUGAUGGCCAUUUUGCCAGGCUACUCAAUCAGUCCAGCAAACUGGGAGCCAUGCUUGACCAACUGAUAGAUCGCAUCACCACCAUGUGUCUGUGUGCCACUCUGUGUCAUCUCUACCCAUCCUACAUGCUCUUCUUCCAGUUCGCCAUGGCCCUCGACAUCUUCAGCCACUGGAUGCAUUGCCAGGGUUCCUGUGCUGGGUGUGGGCCUGUGGAAGCUGGUGGCCGUCUUGACCGGCCCACUGGCCUGUUUGAAGGGUGUGGUCAGCGUGGUCCAACUGUUGGCCGCGUGUGAGAACUACGCUAUCAUGGACAGAGACGACCGGCAGAGGAUGAAGGCCGAGGGGAAGUCACAGUAACGAGGGCAGAGGAAGAUGGAACGGAGGAAGUGUUUUUGUGCCCUUGAACCAGCCAAACGUGGAGUUGGUAGCAAAAUCUGGCACUUUCCAUCUUUUAUUGGUUGUUUGGUGAAAAUCAGAGAUGCUUUAGGGUACUUUUAUCCAUUGGAAUCUAUUGAAAACGAAAUUUAAAGCUAUGAAAGGGAGCACUUUUUUACCCUUGUCUCUGUAUUGCGCAGAUUUUAGCUGUAUACGGAUUUGGUACAUAUUACAAUUGAUGAAUAAGCAGAGGGGAGGAAGGUGGGUGGGGGGGGCUAAUGGAUACUGCCUCGAGAAGUGCUUCUGUUUUAGACAGGUUUAUGCUGUGUCAGUUUCCACUAUUAGAGUUGUUGUUUUUUUGGUGUUGUUGUUGUCAUAAUAAAAUGUGAUUAAUGAAUUAUUGUAUAAUUA